GAAUGUCACUUAUAAACCAAUAAAAACUAUGUGCCGCGUGUCGCUCUUUAAUGAAUACUUUGUAAUCCAGUCCCUGCAGGAUCUCACCAUUUUGCGAUCGCAGACAUUUCCGCAGAAGCAAGCAAGGAGCCUGCAGUUUUUCUAAAUUACCGCAGAUUCGGGCCAAGAUGCGUCACGUGACGUCAUCACGACGUGCAUUCAGUGAAAUUCCCUGCGUGGGCAAAAAGCGCAGUUGUGUAACCAGGAAAUUCAUUCCCAGUUUCCACGUGAAGUCUGUUGUGUUGAUGUUUUCACCUGUUCACUGAUGGAGACCCGAGCGCAAGACUUUGUUCGUCAAAACGGUCGCCGUUGAUCAUUUUCCCAAGCGUUUUAUUUCUUAUCUUUUUUUUUUUUAAAUUUGUUAUCUUUCAGCUAAUGACGUGCGUGACGUGGAAAUAUAUGAUCCUCCGUAACGUAACAUGCGUGCGAGUUGACCGAAGCGGUGGUACGUUGUUAGUCAGCGCCGGGCAGCAGAUUGGUUCAGAGAUAUAAAAUCUAUUCUAAUACCGAUCCAUUUCAGUAUUUAUUUAUUUAUUUAUUUGUUUAUUUAUUUAUUUAUUUAUUGUAUAGUGUUGCACUGUGCACGAGAUCUGCGUGUGAGAUGCACUGCUCUGAUCAUAUAUUACUACUGCUGGUGUACUUCUUCUCACUUGUGAAGAAACGUUGCUAUCAAUAAGCACUCUGUGUACGGAUGCAGCGAGGUCUUUGGGGAAACAUAAAAGCAAGUCAAUGUUUAUAAGUUAGAAGGUUCACUGGAGGCUAUUUUUAGCGCCGUCUCUUUGGUAGGGUGAAACUCUUGGUCACGUGCGCACUCGCUUUCUCUUGCUUUCCGUUCGAGUAGAUUGUGUGCUAGCUUUGUGUAGACUUUUCUACCAUAAGACCAUAAUGACGGUGACGACACGUUAGAGCCUGCAGGCUGGACUCGCUGUUCUGGUGUGCGUGCGUGCGUGCGUGUGUGGGGCAUGACAAGGCCAUUGUUUGUGCUAGAGAACAGACAUGUCUCUGUUAUCCCGAGCAUGACUCUAGAAGAAACGGGGCUUUGCUAACGUCACGGUAGACACACAGCUCUGCUGACUUCCCAAGUCCGCUUCAGGGUCACUGGAGCAAGGAGCUGUGCUGGCCACGGGACUGGGUCAGGGCAGCUCCGGAGUCGGACAUGUGGACGAGCACAGGAAGUCUCGUGCCAGGAAGCGGCAUUGAGAGCCGUGCAGAGAGGAAACGCCGACGGAGAGAAAUCGGAUUUAGCAGAUCUUCGUAAUCCGGUCACUUGAUUGUAGUGCGUACUGAAGAACCUACAGCUCGCCUUAACUGUGAUGGAUCACUGACCCAUACCAGCAGGCAGUUUCCAUCUUCUGCUCCCAUGAUGCAUCACUCCGCUAAGUUGAUGUGAGUGCGGUGUUGCCCGUUGCCGUUCCCCCUGCUGCCAUCCCGAUGGAUCUGCGUGUGGAUCAGCAGCACUUGCCCGUGUCUGGGGAGCAGCAGCUGCAGCAGGAGCUCCUGGCACUCAAACAGAAGCAACAGAUCCAGAGGCAGAUGCUCAUUGCCGAGUUCCAGCGGCAGCACGAGCAGCUCUCACGCCAACACGAAGCCCAGCUGCAGGAGCACAUUAAGCAUCAGCAGGAGCUGUUGGCUAUGAAGCAUCAGCAGGAGCUGCUGGAGCACCAGAGGAAGUUGGAGCGGCAUCGUCGUGAGCAGGAGCUGGAGAAACAGCAGCGCGAGCAGAAACUGCAGCUGCUCAAAAACAAGGAGCGUGGCCAGGAGAGUGCGGUGGCGAGCACAGAGGUGAAGAUGCGUCUUCAGGAGUUUGUGCUGAAUAAGAAGAAAGCUCUGGCCCAGAGAAGCCUCAACCACUGCAUGCCCAACGACCCACGCUACUCAUACUGGAAAACCCAGCACAGUUCACUGGAUCAGAGUUCUCCUCCUCAGACAGGGAUGUCCACUUACAACCACCCAGUGCUGGGACUCUACGAUUCCAAAAACGACUUUCCACUUCGCAAGACAGCGUCAGAGCCGAAUCUGAAGCUGCGCUCCAGGCUGAAGCAGAAGGUGACGGAGCGACGGAGCAGCCCGCUGCUGCGGAGGAGGGACGGACCCGUAACCACGGCCAAGAAACGCUCUCUGGAUGUGACCGAAUCAGCUUGUAACAGUGCACCCGGUUCUGGCCCGAGCUCACCCAACAACAGCUCCAACAACAUCACUAACGAGAACGGCAUCACCAGCUCAAUCUCCAACAGUCCAGUAGAGACUUCCCUGGCACAUCGUCUUGCCAGCAGAGAGGGUCCUGUUAGCCAGCUGUCUCUGUACACAUCCCCCUCCCUCCCAAACAUCACUCUGGGCUUGCCAGCCACCGGCUCCACCACUGUGGCAUCUGGCCAGCAGGAGGGUGAGCGGCUGGCGAUAGCAGGCCUGCAGCCCGGAUUACCCAUAACCACUCCAUUCAUCGCAGGAGCCCACCUUCCCUCAUAUCUGGCUGCCUCUGCCUUGGAGCGAGAGGCAGGCUCGGCCCACAACCCUCUGCUGCAGCACAUGGCCCUGCUGGAGCAGUCACAGAAUCCCCUGGUUUCAGGUCUGAGCGGUCUGCCCCUGCAGUCACCCUCCAUCCAUAAACUGCGUCCUCACCGGCCGUUGGGCCGAACCCAGUCGGCGCCGCUGCCCCAGAACACACAGGCCCUGCAGCAGCUCGUGGUCCAGCAGCAGCACCAGCAGUUCCUGGUCAAACAGAAGCAGCACUUCCAGCAGCAGCAGCUCCACAUCAGCAAGAUCAUGGCCACUAAACCAAAUGAACCAGGCAGGCAGCACGAGAGUCACCCGGAGGAGACCGAGGAGGAGCUGAGGGAGCAUCAGGCUCUGAACGACCCAGCUGAAGGCCUGCCACGCGGCAUCACCAUCAAACAGGAGCCUCCCGAUCAACUGGAGGAGGAGCUGCAGCAUCGAGAGAGACAGGCAGAGCACGAGCUGAUCUUCAGACAGCAGGCCCUGCUCUUGGAACAGCAGAGAAUCCAUCAGCUAAGAAACUACCAGGCAUCGAUGGAGGCCGCCGGCCUGUCCGUCACUUUACCAGGGCACCGCCCCCUGUCCAGAGCUCAGUCCUCGCCAGCCUCUGCCACAUUCCCGAUCGUAGUGCAGGAGCCUCCGGCUAAGCCACGUUUCACUACCGGGCUGGUGUAUGACACUCUAAUGCAGAAGCACCAGUGUAUGUGUGGCAACACUAACACCCACCCAGAGCACGCGGGCCGAAUCCAGAGUAUCUGGUCCAGACUGCAGGAGACCGGACUGCGCAGCAAGUGUGAGUGUAUCCGGGGCAGGAAGGCCACGCUGGAGGAGCUGCAGACGGUCCACUCUGAAGCUCACGUGCUGCUCUACGGGACCAACCCACUGAGACAGAAAUUAGACAGCUCUGUGACACCCAUGUUUGUGAGGUUGCCCUGUGGGGGCAUCGGGGUGGACAGUGACACUAUCUGGAACGAGGUACACUCGUCCAGCGCGGCUCGUCUGGCCGUCGGCUCCGUGGUGGAACUUGUGUUUAAAGUGACGUCUGGAGAACUGAAGAACGGUUUCGCUGUGGUACGGCCUCCAGGACACCACGCCGAGGAGAGCACCCCCAUGGGAUUCUGUUAUUUCAACUCGGUGGCCAUCGCUGCCAAACUCCUCCAGCAGCGACUGAAUGUCAGCAAGAUUUUGAUAGUGGACUGGGACGUUCACCAUGGCAACGGCACCCAGCAGGCUUUCUACAGUGACCCCAAUGUGCUGUAUCUGUCUCUGCAUCGCUAUGACGACGGGAACUUCUUUCCUGGCAGCGGCGCUCCUGAUGAGGUUGGCUCGGGGCCUGGUGUGGGCUUCAACGUGAACAUGGCGUUCACAGGCGGUCUGGAGCCUCCCAUGGGAGACGUGGACUAUCUGGCUGCCUUCAGAACGAUAGUGAUGCCUAUUGCUAAUGAGUUUGCACCUGAUGUGGUUCUGGUUUCGUCGGGGUUCGAUGCUGUGGAGGGCCACCCGCCACCACUGGGGGGAUACAAACUCACAGCCAAGUGUUUUGGCUACCUGACCAAGCAGCUGAUGGGCCUGGCCGGCGGCCGCCUGGUGCUCGCCCUUGAGGGGGGUCACGACCUCACUGCCAUCUGCGAUGCGUCUGAAGCAUGUGUUUCUGCUUUGCUAGGAAACGAGUUGGAACCACUACCUGAGAAGGUUCUUCAACAGAGGCCCAAUCUCAAUGCUGUGCGCUCCAUGGAGAAGGUUCUCGAAGCCCAUAGUAAGUACUGGCGCUGUCUGCAGCGCAGUGUUUCGACGCUGGGCUACUCCCUGAUCGAGGCUCAGAAGUGUGAGACAGAGGAGGCUGAGACUGUAACCGCCAUGGCCUCAUUGUCUGUAGCCACCAAGAACAUGGGGAAACGGUCUGAAGAGGAGCCAAUGGAGGAAGAACCACCACUGUAGAUGACGGUUGACCAACUUGACUGGGUGACCUCCUUGGCUCACAGCCUCUCACUGGUGUGUGACCUCACUCUGCUCUCUCCAUAUGUUUCAUUUUGGCCACUCCAGGCUCCAUGGCACCGCCUCCUCUGAGUGCCUUUUCAGCACAGAAAGCAAAACCGACCGAAGACGUCUCCAAAAAAAAAAAUCCAAGCACACCAGUGUGGAAAACCUCUGCAGUUUUAGUCUGUCUCUGUCUAGAGCAGGGUGUGUCCAGGCCUCCCUUCUGCUCUGUCUGCACAGACGACUGCUUUCAAACAGGAUGUGGACUUGCGUCUCACUGCUUGAAGCGAGAGCUGGUGCUUUCAAAAGCAAACUCUUCUUUUCAUGGCCACUAAUGUCCGCAUGGUCUCAACUGUGGACGUUGUCACGGCUGUGUCCUCGUCUGGUUUUAUUUCUUGUCUCUUUGGUUGUUUUAUUUGGUUUGUCUUUUCUUGAGGAGGAAAAAGUGACUGGUGCUGUUUCAUUCCGAAUUGGGAAAUUCUUUGAAAGUUACUUCUGGAUGCUUUGCGAGAUGGUUGAGAGGAGAGGCCGGAGACAUGGGCAGGGUGGGAGAGAGGUAGAAAAUUUAGAGGAUGUGUGGAUGAAGGCUGACGAAGCAGCUUGUCUGAAACCCCUCUAACACACACACACAAGAGAGACACUGAGAGCUUGUGCCUUUUUUUACAGAGCUGGUGGAUUUAAUGAUGAUUUGAGAAGAACAUUGCCUUAAACUAGUUCCAUAAAGGGAAGGCCAUCGGGUACUUCCGCCCCCUCCUUCAUUUUUUUUCCAGGAGCGGAAUGGCUGGAGGCCUGAAGGACAGAAAUCCCUUUGCAUGUUUACCAGGAAUGUCCUGCAGACUUGUGCGUGUCUCACACACAUUAUCAUCAUUUUAUUGGCAAUUUAUUUUCCUCUGCAUUUUUUCGAUACUUGCUUUGGACUUAACUUUUAAAUAACCAAGAAGGUAGUUGCCAGCCAUAUCCAGGCAAACAUCGUUGGAGCAGUUUUCAAUUGAUUCUUUAGUACUUUUGAGAGCAAGUACAGCCCAAUGUAGCUACUUGUUCAAACUCUAUGACCAAAUCGAUACAUCCGUCUCCGUUAACUAGCAUGCACUGUUACUGAACACCAUUCCCAGUAGACCAGUAGAGGAACACAAACUAAAAGCAUGAGAUAUUACCAGUACUUCAGUGCCACUAACUGCAGGCAUACAUGAUAGGACUGUUAACAUGUUUAUCUUCUUCUACAACUUGGUGUGGUUUAUGAGAAAAGUUGAACGAUUGAACUAUUUAUAUUUUUCAUGUAUUUCUCACGGCAGACGUUAGGCGUUUUAUAGGUACUGUUUGAAUGUCACAGUGUUCAUAUUCGAUUCAAUUAAUAGUGCUAGCUAAUCACCGAUAAUAACCUUCUGUCCAGAUGGCCAGUUUUCAUCGACAUCUUUCAACUAUGAGCAUAAGGGCUGGAAAACAAUUUUAAAAUAUACCGUCGAGCCUUCAGAUGUUCCAGCAGAUCGAUUCGGUGCUGGUGCCCAGCAUGAUGUUUCCUAGCAGCACUGCAGUGGACGUCCCUACAGAUUUCACUUCAGGCAGGUGCUACUGUCUGAGUGAGUGAGUGUGUGUGAGUGUGCGUGCGUGUGUGUGUGAGCGUAUGUGUGUGUUACGCAAUCCAGGAAGUAAUUGGACCACCAGCCUUCACCCUGAUAAUGAUGCUAAAACCAUGGAGAUGGCUGUGACACUCCUCGCAUGAGUCUCUGAGCUGAGCGCAUACUGUAGGAAUGGAGCACAUGCAUGGCAGCAUAUGUAUGCAUUUUAAUGGUCCAUUUACUUGUGUGUGUGUGUGUGUGUAUGUGUGUGUAUAUAUAUAUAUAUAUAUAUAUA